CUGGCCAGAGGACCCCAGAGAGUCCCACCAGUCCUGUGGCCAGACCUUUUGUGGGAUCGCCUGACCAGCCUGGAGCCCCAACUCACCCAAGCCCACCUGCUGUAGCUCAGUGCCUGGCCAUGACCGUCACCUACUCGAGCCAAGUGGCUAAUGCCCGUCUAGGUUCCUUCUCCCGCCUGCUUCUGUGCUGGCGAGGCAGCAUCUAUAAGCUGCUCUAUGGCGAGUUCCUCAUUUUCCUCAUCUGCUACUACAUCAUCCGCUUCAUUUACAGGAUGGCCCUCACGGACGAUCAGCAGGUGAUUUUUGAGAAGCUGACUCUAUAUUGCGACAGCUACAUCCAGCUCAUCCCCAUUUCCUUCGUGCUGGGCUUCUACGUGACACUGGUCGUUACCCGCUGGUGGAACCAAUAUGAGAACCUGCCAUGGCCCGACCGCCUCAUGAACCUGGUGUCGUGCUUCGUCGAGGGCAAGGACGAGCAGGGCCGGCUGCUGCGGCGCACGCUCAUGCGCUACGCCAACCUGGGCAACGUGCUCAUCCUGCGUAGCGUCAGUGCUGCGGUCUACAAGCGCUUUCCCAGUCCCCAACACCUGGUGAAAGCAGGCUUUAUGACCCCCUCGGAACACAAGCACUUACAAAAACUGAGCUUGCCACACAACUCAUUCUGGAUGCCCUGGGUGUGGUUUGCCAACCUGUCAACGAAGGCCUGGAUGGGAGGUCGAAUCCGGGACCCUGUCCUGCUCCAGAGCCUGCUCAACGAAAUGAACACCUUGCGUACUCAGUGUGGACAGCUGUAUGCCUACGACUGGAUCAGUAUCCCACUGGUGUACACUCAGGUGGUGACCGUGGCGGUGUACAGCUUCUUCCUGGCUUGCCUGGUGGGACGGCAGUUUCUGAACCCAGCCAAGGCCUACCCCGGCCACGAGAUGGACCUCGUUGUACCCCUCUUCACAUUCCUGCAGUUCUUCUUCUAUGCUGGCUGGCUGAAGGUGGCAGAGCAGCUCAUCAACCCGUUCGGAGAGGAUGAUGAUGACUUUGAGACCAACUGGAUUGUCGACAGGAGUUUGCAGGUGUCCCUGUUGGCUGUAGAUGAGAUGCACCAGGACCUGCCACCGAUGGAGCGAGAUAUGUACUGGAAUGAGCCAGAACCACAUCCCCCCUACACAGCCGCUUCUGCCCAGUCUCGUCGGCCCUCCUUUUUCGGCUCCACCUUCAGCAUCAGUCUGGAUAAGGAGGAUUUGGAGUUCCAGCCAGAUCCGGAGGAGGAGGAAAGUGCGCACACUGGCAUCGCUGGCCGCUUCCGAGGGCUGCAAUCCCAUGACCGCCAGCCCCCCAGGACAAACUCAAAGACCAAACUACUGUGGCCGAAGACAGAAGUCCUUUCCCACGAGGGCCAGCCCAAGAACCUCGGGGGAGACGGCCAGGACACCAGUGACCAGGAAGACGUCAAGGCCUGGAAAGGGGAGGAUGCCUUCAAGUCCGCCGUGCUAUACGGGAGGUCAGGCUACCACAGUGCCCCCCAGACACCCCUCAGCCACACCCCUAUGGUCUUCCCACCUGGACAGUCAGCACCCUCAAGUCUUCGCAAAGUCUCAGGCAUGGAUGACACCGCCAAAGACCAAAGCCUUCAGCCUCCAACUCCCAGGUCCAAGAAGAGCUUUGAAUUGCUCCCAGAGAGUGCUGGGGCCUCAACGGAGCACCCGGAAGUGAGUCACAUGAGGAGGAAAACUGUUGAGUUUAACCUAACAGACAUGUCAGAGGCCCCUGAACAUCUCAGAGAACCGCAUUUGGGACAGUCGACAAGCAACAUACACACUAUACUCAAAGAUCGUGGCGAUCCCUAUUGGGCCUUGGAAAACAACAGGGAUGAAGCACAUUCCUAGCCUGCUUCCCAAGGGGGAUGCUUCACCGGCCUGGUCCUACCUGCGUGUACACCAGCAGGACACUGAUCCAGUCAUAGCCAUAUAGCUGUCCACACUGAAGAACAUGUCCCUACGACAGCCUGAAUUAAAUGGUUACCUUAAUGAAGAACAAGAAUCAGUAGCUUCAAGUCUACUUUAAGCCUCAAAAUGCUUUCCGUACAUAUAAAUUGUGAAAGCCAGAACUGCUGGAAACGUAUAAAACACCUAAUUCA